GAAAUUAAUAUAAAUAGGAAUUUCGGAUUCGGAUUGAAUUAAUCGUGUUAAUCCGCGAACAGGCACGAUGCAUUCAUUGCUGAUCCUUUUGAUCGCUUCAACAGCAUAUAUCGCUUCGGCGUUACCGCUGGAGAAUGACGUCACUGGUGUCGAGAAGACCUACCCUCGAUUCAUCGAGUUCCCAGAUGGCGAUGGCAACUUGCACACCGUAGAUCUGGAAGCAGAACCCGACUGGGAGCUUCUGGCUGAAAUCGAAAGGAAUCCUGCAAACAACCAAUACUUUUUAUACACCAGGCGUAAUAGUAAUUCAGCUCAGGCCUUGAUCAUGAACGAUGCCAACUCCAUCCGCAACUCCAACUACAACCCCAAUGUCCCCACCGUCGUGAUCUCCCACGGCUGGCUCAGCAAACAAAGCACCAGCAUCAAUCCUGCUAUCAGAGAUGUUUACCUGAGAAGAAAUGACGUCAACGUGAUCGUUUUGGACUGGAGACGCCUCGCUAUUUCCGACUAUAUCACCGCCGUUCGUGGUGUUCCCGGUGUUGGCCGAGGCCUUGGCCAGUUCAUCAAUUUCCUGCUCAGCACCGUUGGUGGCAACUUGAACAACUUCCACCUCAUCGGGUUCAGUCUUGGCGCUCAUGUGGUCGGCAACGCUGGCAGGGAAUUGGGAGGAAGAGUUGCCCGUGUUACUGGUCUUGACCCUGCUGGUCCUAUGUGGCACUACAACUCGAACAGAAUCAACCGCAACGACGGCAUCUACGUCGAAGCCAUCCACACUGACGGUGGCAUCUACGGUUUGGGCAUCGGGUCUGCUGUGGCUGACGCUGACUUCUUCCCCAACGGUGGUUUCAACCAGCCUGGCUGCAUUACCGACAUUUGCGACCACAACCGUGCCUGGGAACUGUUCGCGGCUACGGUCACCCACAACCACUUGCAGGGAAACCAGUGUGACAGCAUGACUCAAGUCACUCUGAACCGUUGCCGCGGAGCUACUCUCAACAUGGGAAAUGAUAACUUGAGGAAAACUGGAAACGGUAUCUUCCGCGUCAACACUGCCAGACGGUAUCCCUUCUAAACGAAACAACAUGUGAUUAUUUUUUGAAGAUCUCUAAUUUUUUAAUGAAACCUAAGUAUUCAAAUAAAACAUCAGAUGAU